UCGGUUUUAAUGCCGAUUGCGUUUGACUAGGCAGCUAAUACCGUUACGAUGAUGUUGAGUGAUACGCUUCCGAAGCACGAGCUCGUCUCGGUGCCUCUUUUUUCCGAGCUCAACGACACUUUAUCGACGAUGGCGUUGGAUGCCAGUGCCGCAACACCGGUGCUUCCAGAAGAGUUGACGUUCACGCGCAAGUCGCUGGUUCAAGUGAUCGUGUACGUGGUGUUGUUCGUGGCCGCAGCAGCCGGAAACGUGCCUGUAUUCGUGAGCCUGCUCGGCAAACGGGCGCGCAAGUCUCGCAUCAAGCUGAUGAUGAUGCACCUGGCGGUGGCGGACCUGAUCGUCACUUUCGUCAUGAUUCCCCUCGAGGUGGCCUGGCGCCUUACGGUGUGCUGGGUGGCGGGCAACGCUAUGUGCAAGAUCAUGCAGAUUCUACGCGCGUUCGGCCCGUACCUGUCGUCCAUGGUGCUGGUGUGCAUCAGCGCGGACCGGUACUUCGCCGUGCUGCACCCGCUGCGGGUGCAUGACGCACGCAGACGAGGAAAGUUUAUGCUGGCCGCGGCGUGGUACAUCAGCCUCGCUUGCAGUUUGCCGCAGGCGCUCAUCUUCCGCGUCAUGGAGCACCCGGAGGUUCCCGGCUUCUGGCAAUGCGUCACCUUCUCGUCCUUCCCAUCGCCGCUUCACGAGACGCUGUACAACCUGUUCUGUCUGCUCGUGCUCUACGGAAUCCCUCUGGGCGCCAUCAUUCUCGCGUACGGUCGAAUCCUGUGCGAAAUGCACCGCCAGGCUAAGGACUCGCGCGCCCAGGAACCAGGCGUGGCCGACGCGGCUCCCUGCGCGCGGCUGAGACUGCGCUGCUCAGACAUGCGGCGCAUGCAGCGCGCCCAGUAUCGCACCCUGCGCCUGACGGUGGUCAUCGUGCUGGCCUUCUUCCUCUGUUGGACGCCGUACGUGGUGAUGGUGCUGUGGUACCAGCUCGACGCCGAGAGCGCCAAGCACGUCGACGACUACCUCCAGUCGUCGCUCUUCAUGUUCGCCGUGUCCAACUCGUGCGUAAACCCGCUCGUGUACGGCAGCUACACAGGACGCCUGAACGUGGGACGCUGCUUCUCGUCCCGAUGCUACCCGGCCGACGCCGUCCCGGAGGAAGAUAAUCGCCGCUUCUCGUCGUCGCUGAGGCGCUUCUCCAAGCGCACGCUCCAAUCAUGGUUUCCGAGAACUGUGGCCCCUGCCACCGCUGUUGUCGACCCCAACGCCGAGUACGGCGAUCCGCGGGCGCAGCGCUGCUCGCUGUGCGUCGCUGACGCGAAGGGCAUGUGCGUGUUCAGUGUGGACGUCCCGUGCAUACACGAUGAGCGGGUGUCGGAGGCCCGCUCGGCGCAGGUUAACGGCAUUGCACUGAAUGGCUUGGCGUCUGCGUACGACACGCCGCUCAGAAAAAACCACAGCCUCUGAGGGAAGGGCGUCACAUUGCUGGUUGCUGGUAGCUAUACCAUCGGAAACAGAAUGUUCUUGUUUCGAGCUAUAUCACCUGGAUUGACAACGUGCGGAGUAUACCGUCCUGUUUCUUUGCUCACGAGUACUCAUUGAAUUGGAUUAUAAUAAUAAUAAAGAUUA